AGACCCGUACUGCAUAAACCCUAGACCGGGAUUCAUGGACUGACGUUGUGACAGAGCUAAGUCGAACGCCUACAAUGCUAUUGUCAUCGUUCGUCAGUUUUAGUUCUAAAUCUAGAAGUUGCCGUAGAUGUAUCGGAAUUUGAGAAGGAGAUUAAUCAAUCUCACAAUCUGUUCAUGGGAGUAGCACACACAGUCACUCGCAGUGCUCUUGAUUGAAAAUCGAAAGCACAGGGGCAUGGAAACCGACUUCGUAAGGAAGGAAUGAUAACAUUCCUGCUACUGUAGGUUCGUCAUAAGGGAGCACCAUACACAUAAUGUUGAUUGUCAGGCCUUUCCAGCUCCCACGUGUCUCGAGUGCUCUUUUGGUUUGCUUCAAUAUAUUCUUGAGGAUAUGUUAGGUUUGAGUUUUAUAUAUUUGUGUGACUUGCCAGUGGAAAGUGUGUUUCGAAGUGCAGAAGGAGUGGGAGGGAUGGCUCAACUGCGGCCUGUGGUGAAUUCUAUGGAGUCCAUGUCCAUCUCGAACGGAGCCACCGUGGAGACCAAGCCUCGGAAGGCUGAGUACCUGCCUAUGCCUGCUGAUCGCGCUACACGCACUCCUCACAGCGGUUAUCAUUUCGAUGGCACGAGUCGUCGAUUCUUCGAGGGUUGGUACUUCAAGGUCUCCAUUCCGGAGGUGAAACAAAGUUUUGCUUGGAUGUACACGAGUGAGCUCCCCGGGUCGUCGGAACUUACUGAAGGAGAAGUUUUCGACCCCUCAUCUACACCAUCAGGUGCUGCACAAGUUAUGGGUGCUGAUGAAGAGUACCUACUACAAGAUGCACCGACACUCAAGAAUUUCUGGGCAGCCCGACAUGAACUUGCCCUUGGUAAUACCUAUGUCUCUAAGAACGGAGUAGCUCCGCCCAAGUCCGAGGUUGACCCAAAGGAAUUUUGGGAUUCUGUGGAGGAAGGUUAUCAAGUUACACCAAUCUGGCAUCAGGGGUGCUUACGUGACAAUGGCAGCACCGAUUUUGCGAAGACUGUGGGAACGGUUCGCUGGGAGUAUAGUACCCGCCCCGUGUAUGGGUGGGGCUCAAUAGGAGAACGUCAAUUGGCUACAGCGGGUUGGCUGGCAGUCAUGCCUGUAUUCGAACCACAUUGGCAAAUCUGCAUGGCGGGUGGUUUGUCCACAGGCUGGAUUGAGUGGGGUGAUCGACGCUUUGAGUUUGAGGAUGCUCCUUCAUACUGCGAAAAGAACUGGGGUGGUGCUUUUCCACAGAAGUGGUUUUGGAUGCAAUGCAAUGUGUUCGAUGAUUUCUCUGGUGAGGUUGCCCUUACAGCUGGUGGGGGUAGACGAGGACUUCCCCUUCUAAAAGAUACGUUUGAGGACGUCGCUCUGGUAGCAGUACACUUCGAGGGAAAAUUUUAUGAGUUCGUUCCAUGGGAGGGUAAGGUCGAGUGGGAUAUUGCCCCAUGGGGAUCGUGGAAAAUGACAGCUCAAACCAAAACACAUGAGGUGAAACUGGAAGCAUCCACGGAUACACCAGGUUGCCUUCUGCGCGCUCCGACUGUUGAAGGAUUUAAGCCAAUAUGCACAGAUUCGUUUGCUGGAAACUUGAAGCUUCAGCUUUGGGAACGUAAUGCAAAUGGUAGCCUCGGGAAGGUUCUUUUGGAGGCCACAAGCAGCAUGUGUGCGUUGGAGACUGGUGGUUCACGUGAUCCUUGGAAAGAGUCUUGGACAGGAAAGGCGACGAUGAGACAACCUCUGAAGACCUUGUUACAACUUCCGAUCAACCCCGAGAAAUUUUACAACUGGGUUCCUGGUUUCAAGCCACCCGGUUUUUGAAGUUGUUUUCUCUGGACGAGGCGUUUUCUACUUUUCAAAUCGUCGCUAUGCAGUCUUCUGCAUGGACAUUAGUACAGUUUCGAUGAGAUGAGCAAUGCGCGUACCAGGUGGUCGUUUCUAAUAUUAUGCAUAUAUUUUCAACCUUCACUGGCAAGGAUGUACUACCUUAAAGUCACUGGGACAUAUAGUAUCUUCCGUUACCAGGUAUACCAGAGUCUCAUGUCGUUGCAGUGACCUUGAAGAAGGCACUUCAGUUACUGACUUGUAGCGAAAUACAGUUCUCCUUGUGACUUAUCCAUUUUGUUAGUAAUCGUGACGAACCAUUUUGGACACCUCUGUGCAAUUGCAUGUAGAAAAAUAAAUCAAAAACGGCUGUUUGUGUUAUAAAA